AUGCGCUUAAAAACUUUACAAUCCAGCGUUCCGCGACACUCCGAUGCCGUUUCGGCUGUUGGAUGGUCGUCCAGCGAUGAAAUGGUCUCCUGCUCCGACGACCACUCGUUUCUGAAGUGGAAUCUGGUGACGAUGGAAGCCACGCAAGUCGCCACGCUACCAGAAACCCUCUUCCCGACCUCAAUGUCCUGGUUUCCGAGAUCGUUAACCAAGGGCGGAAAUGACGUCUUGGCAUUGACGUCAUCUGAUGGAAAACUUCAUAUCAUCGCCCGCAGCGGGAAAAUUGAGAAAUCGGUAGAUGCUCAUCGAGGAGCCGCGCUCAGUGCUAGAUGGAGCCACGAUGGGACGGGAUUGAUUACAUGUGGCGAAGACGGUGCCGUAAAAAUGUGGAGCCGCGCGGCAAUGUUGCGUAGUGUACUCGCCCAAAUGGCCACCCCUGUGUAUGCGGCUUGUUGGGAUGGGUCGGCGGCGCGAGUACUGUAUUCUUGCCACGAUUCAUGCUACAUUAAAUCGUUGAAAACACAGGUAUCACCAAUUAAGUGGAAAGCUCAUGAUGGCCUCGUCACCUGCGUGGACUGGUCUGGAACUACAGAUUUGAUCAUUUCCGGAGGCGAAGAUGGGAAAUUUAAGGUCUGGGACUCCUUCGGCCGUGUCCUAUUCACCUCAGCCAGCCACGAGACCCCGAUGACGAGUCUGGCAUUUUCACCUGACGGUUCGCUGUUCGUCGUCGGGUCGUUUAACCUGUUGAGGCUGUGCGACAAAGCUGGGUGGUCACACAGCGUCGAGCGUCUCGACUGCGGCUCGGUGAUGGCGGUGGGGUGGAGUCCGGAUGGGACUCAACUUGUGGCUGGUGGCAGUCUUGGACAUGUUGUUCAUGCUCAUCUCGUCGAAAAACGCAUUUCCUACCGUAACUGGGACAUCACCCAGGCGAAAACGAACCUGAUUGAAGUGCGUGAUAUGGCCAGCGAAGUAGCCAGGGAGAAGCUUGAUACCAGGGACAGAAUCACAAAAUUCUCGAUGAACCACGACCAUCUCGUCGUCGUCACCAGCAAGCAGAUUUAUAUCUAUAUCUCAACCAGCUGGAACACCCCUGUGCUCGUCGACCUGAAGGAGGGCAGUGUGACGUUGUUGAUCCAGACUGAAAACUACGAGGGGCGCUAUAUUUGCGAAAUUAAGGUGCCGGGGACUGGCGGGAAUUUGAAUGAGGCGAACGUUGCCCUCUCCAACGACACCAUAGCCGUACGAGACAAAAACGACUUUGCCAAGCUUCAUUUCUUUGACCCGAACACCUCAAAAGUACAGGGAGAUGGCGCGCUAACGCAUUCGGCGGAAAUCUGUUGCAUCGGGCUGUCACAAUGCGGGUCGUUGAGUCAACGGGUCGUGGCUUUUACCGAUGUGUCGGCCUCGGUGUAUGUCAGCCUCGUCAACUCGUUUGGGGCCAAUCCGAGGACGGCAAAAAUUGGUACUCUCGUCGAACAAAUCUGCUUCAACGACCUUUCUUCGAUGUUGGUAGGCCUCGGAGAAGGAAAAGUAUCCGUCUGGCCAAUGCCAUCCUUAGCUUUCGUCGAUCGCGAUUUACUCCAACGUGCUGUCGUCGAGAAAACGGUCAAUGGACUCGGGAAAUUUCCGCAUCUUGUAAACUUCACCAAAAACCAGGUGGUCCUGCGCCGGUCGGACGGAUCUUUGGUCCCAAUUGCAUUGUCACCAUUUGCCGGAACCUUGCUUGCGCACGCUGAUGCCUCAAAAUGGGAUGAAGCUAUCAGACUUUGUCGCCACAUCGGGGACGACGUACUCUGGGCAAUUCUAGCCGGAUCGGCGGCCCAGCAGAAAAAUCUCUACGCCGCGGAGAUUGCUUAUGGAGCGCUGGAAGAGGGUGAAAAAGUGGCCUUCCUCAGCGAGGCCAGAAACCAUCCGAAUAAAGAUGUCAGGGCGGCAAUGCUUGUUUUACUAACUGGGAAGAUCAGUGACGCGGACGCGAUGCUCGAAAGGACCGGAAAUCCCUUCCGAGCUAUAAUGCUGAAUAUUUCGACGUUUAGAUGGAGUCGAGCCCUCGAUCUCGCUAUAAAGCAUAAAAUGCACGUGGACACCGUACUCGGCUACCGGCAGCAGUACCUCGACGAGUUCGGCAAGCGGGAAACGGAUCAAAAGUUUCUGGAGCAGCUCAGCAAGUACGAAAUCGAUUGGGAGCACAUCCAAGAACAGAUUGCUGCUGAGAAGGAGAAGGACCAU